AUGACCUCGGAAACCCUCGACCGGUCCGAGUUCGACUCGAUACCAGACACCAUCGCAGCCUUCCGUGAUGGCCAGUUCAUAGUUGUCCUCGACGCCCCGACACGCGAGAAUGAGGCCGACCUCAUCAUCGCCGCCGAGUCCAUCACCGCCGAGCAGAUGGCCUUCAUGGUCCGUCACUCCUCGGGCUACAUCUGCGCCCCCCUGGCCCCUCAUCUCACCGAGACCCUCGCUCUGCCCCAGAUGGUCGCCCGGUCUGAGGACCCUCGAACCACCGCCUACACCGUCACCGUCGAUGCCGCCGACCCCUCCGUCACCACCGGCAUCUCCGCCCAAGACCGCGCCCUGACCUGCCGCACGCUGGCUGACCCGAAUGCCACCGCCGAGAGCUUCCGGCGGCCCGGUCACGUCCUCCCGCUUCGUGCCCGGCCCGGCGGCGUCAGGCAGCGCCCCGGCCACACCGAGGCCGCCACUGAGUUUUGCCGCCUCGCGGGGAAGAGGCCGGCCGCCGUCAUCUGCGAGAUUGUCGAUGACGGCCAGGAGGUCGAGGGUCAGGCCAUCUGCAGGGCCCCUGGCAUGCUGCGCGGCGAGGCGUGUGUUCGGUUUGCGAGGAGAUGGGGACUUAAGGUGUGUACGAUUGAGGCUCUAGUCGACCAUGUCGAGAAACUGGAAGGGAAGCUGGAGAUGAACGGGUCAUAAGGUGUGAAACAAAAUUGAAGAGCCCAAAGGGCGCCUGAGGGUUUGGACUGGCUGGGUCUCAGCAUGAUCAUCUCUUGGAAGCAUCUUGACGUGGUGUGAGAGGAAAAAGAAACAAUAGAAGAACGGCAUUUAUAGAUAUGG